AUGUUGUAUCCCCUCGCUUUCGGCAGCAAAGUCAGACGGGUGGCAAAAGGCGAUGCCGCAGAUGCAUCUGAAAAUAUUCUUGAACAAAAAAAUAAAAAAGUAUAUGAAAAUCCAGUUGUACGAACAGAGCUCGUAGCCGUCCUGGCGCUGCUGGCCAGGAUGCUGCCUCCUAACGAAUUCCAUUUGCAGCUGCCACGUCUUGUCCGUUCAAUUGCCUUCGCUCUAAGGUCGCGGGAGCGCACUGCUCGCCGGGAAGCCCGCGUGGCUCUGACCCGCUUGACAGUCAGCCUGGGGGCUCCAUAUUUCACCUACUUGGUGUCGGAGGUGCAGCACAUGUUGGGCCCCAAGAGCGAGAAAAACCCAGAGGCAGAUCAGCAAAGCUUUCUUCGCCCCGUACUGCUGUUCACGCAACAGCAGCAGCAAGAUGCAUCAGGGGAGCCCGUAUACGCAUCUCAGGAGGCAGCCUGUAUUGAUGGUACCCAGUUUGUCCAGCGCUUUGAAGCAGCGGUCCCGCUGAUGCUUCCUCUAAUCGCCGAGGAAAUAAACCGAGUUGCUGAUCCCGAUCGUCUAGAUCAAGAGGAGAGCCGGCGAGGAUUGGCUGGGCAGCUGGACGGGAGUGAGGGGGGGGGUCUUUCAAGUUCUUCUGUAGCAAAGCUGGCGGAUGUUAGCACGCACUCGAAGGUUGAGGAGGCCCAGUCACUGAAGGGGCCCUCUCUGCUGCUGCUCAUAACCAAAGACAGCAGCAUAGAGUGCCUCGCGGAUCACCUGCUGCCAUUUGUGUGGGGCCUCCUCACGGGGGCCUCAUGCAAACGUGAGGGGUGGAGCAAUGCUGCUGCUUUCUCUAGCAAAUACGUCAAUAGGGCUGAGGAUCUGUUGAUGCAUUUCGUCUUUGGCGUUAGUCGCAAUAACAAGAUAUCAAUGGAAAAGAAACUACGCACAGUAAAACAACUCCUCAUCCUCACUGUUGCAACCCUGCAGUUCCCUCUACUUCACCCCGUGCUGCAAGCUGAACGUGGCCUGAAGGAGUCUUUGUUGCUGCUCUCGAGGCAGCAGCUGCUCCUGCUGAGUCGCAAGAAACGCAACAAGAAACCCCACACUAACGCUGAAUCCACCAAGGAAGCCCCGGCUGUCCCUGACAACAGCGACGCAGCAACAACAACAGCAGCAGCUGCUGCAACAGCAAAAGCAGCAGCACUGUCCCUGACAACAGCGACGCAGCAACAACAACAGCAGCAGCUGCUGCAACAGCAAAAGCAGCAGCACCAGCUGAUACUACAGCCGUUCAUUAGCACAAGCAACCCGCAACAAGCCAGACCAACUCUUCGUCUGCUUCAUCUAUCAGUGAAAGCAGCUAAGGCGCCUCUGAAAAACUUCCGAGAGAAGCAACUCGGUAUCUCCUCGCAGCGACAAGCCGUCAAGGGGGCCAAGGGGAUGCAGGAGAUGGCAUUGCAGGAAUGUAUGCAGCAGCUCGAUGAGCUAGCACUUGAGGUCAUCUGCUGCUUCAGCUGCAGAUCUACAAAACUUGUCUCCUGGGGUGCCCGGUGUUUGCUGGAACUCCUCUCCUUCCGUUUGCCUCGGCUUGAGCAUCGAGGCGCUCUCGUGGCGUACCUAACAAUGAGGAUAUUUCACUCCUGCGGAGGUGGCAGCGGUGUACAGGGAGCGGAUCACUAUACAGCUCGCUCCGAGCUCCUCCCUAUCUGCACCAAACUCCUAGCCGUUCUGCUGCUGCAGCCCCAGGCCGCCAGGUGGAUGGACAGCGCCCUCAACCCCUCGCAGCAUAUCGGCGGCGACAUCCUCAGGUCUCUCUUGAGAGAGCAGCUCCGUGUGCUGCCUUGGAGAUACCAAGACCAGCUGUAUCAACAACGCCUGCAGCAACUACAACAACAGCGGCAGCAGCAGGGGAAUGCAGACGUUGGGUCGCUGCUGCCUCAGCCCGACGUGAGCCUCAGCCCCGACGUGAGCCUCAGCGUAAGCGCUGCUGUGACGGAGGAGCAGCUACAGGCUGCUGGGCAGUUCUUCUUGAAGGAGGCUCUUCUUGCUCAUAUUUCUUCUUCUUUAGAAGACAGCCAGCUGCAGCUCUGUGCUCUGUUUCUCUUUAAACGCGUAGUGCUGCAGCACUACAAGGACCUUGUGAAUGAGGCCGCCAAACGGGCUGUGGAGGAGUCGCAGCCAGCAGCAGGGGAAAUGAGCACCCAGGCUCUACAACGGCGAGCACAGAAGAAACGCCAAAGAGAUGCAAAAGCUGCAGAGGAAGGGGAGGGAAAAGCAACGAAGAAGCAGGGCACAGCAGCAGCAGAAUUGCUGCCACUCGUAUACGAGUGUGUUGAUCGUGUGGCUCGGGUGAUGGUGCAGCACGCGACCUUCUCAGCUGUCAGUCAGAAGCUUUCAUCCAUCUGCGCCGAUGUCUACGUCUCCUUUCUCCUCAACUUUCCCAUGACACAGCGACUGCAACAAAGACGCGUCUUCUUUCUUUUUCAGCAGCAAAAAUUCUCUGAUGUCUACGGAAGACGGGCGGCCAUUGCAGCGCUUCACAAAGUGGUGGUGGGUUGGAAAGCUAGGCGGUUCCCAGCGGAGCUGUUCAUGGAGCGCUACGGAAAGGUGGCGCUGCUGACGUGCUGCUCAACGCUAGCCACAGAAACAGACCAAACGGCGCAUGCGCUGCUGCAGCAAGUCGUGCGAGAAGUGCUGCAGCUCGUUGAAGUUGCAGAUGAUCCCGUUUUACGUCUGCAAGACCAGCUGAAGACUGUCGCCAAGGGGAGGGAUGAUGCUUCAAAAGGGGGCCCCCUUCGCCUCCUUCUUACCCAAAGUGCUGCAGCUCUUAUGUACUGGAUGAUGCUUCAAAAGGGGGCCCCCUUCGCCUCCUUCUUACCCAAAGUGCUGCAGCUCUUAUGUACUGUUUCGUACGUAGCAACAGUUUUGCCUCGUGAGGAGGCCCUUGAAACAGCCAUAGACUGGCGUCUACAAUACAAGAUCAUCCUGGUGGUUGAACAGGUGCUAGCAGCGGGCGGUCUUCCUUGGAUAGAGGAAGCAUUCGGCAAAGCUGCUCAGAUGUGGCGUGACGAUGGCCCCCAGGCGCUGCAGACCCUUACAGUAGCAGCAGCAGCAGCAGCAGCAGAUGCACCAGAGGAAACAGAAAGCGCAGCGAUGGAAAGGCAAGGGGUGGGGUCGUUCAUCACCACCUUGAAUAUAUGGUCGCCCCAGCCACAGGAGCGACCUAAGUGGCAGAAAACGGCAAAGCCCCAUCAGAAACAGCAGCAGCAGCAGCAACUGCUGCAGCAAUCACAGCGGCAGCAAAUUGUUGCAGGGUUGCAUGCAGCUCAGCUGUGGAAGGAUUUAGUUGAAUCUGGCCUUCAUCAUGAAAAUGCGUGGAUCGCAUACAGCUUCCCUCACCUUGUUGUCUUCACCCGAAAGCAGCGCAGCAAGACGCAUGCAAAGCUGCACGCGAGCAGCACUGCAGCAGCAGCAAACGCAUGCAUGGGGGAGCAACCCCCACAGCAACAGGGAGAAGAAACUGCAUUUGAGCAGGAGCAGGAGCAGGGCCAGGCGGAAGAAGACCGUUCCGCACCAGAUACAGGGGCUGAAGAGACGACAGCAGCAGCAGCAGCUGCUGCUGCUGAUGCUGCUGCUCCUGCUGCUGCUGCAGUACAGGCAGAAGCAGAGCCAGCUGACGCGUCAGGAGACCACUCAGGCGAUGACAACGCGGUGGAAGAGGAGGCAGACGAAGAGAGCGCAUCGGUAGAUAUAGAGGAAGAAGAAAAAGAAGAUCAGACAGAUGGAGAGGAAGCAGAAGAAUUUGUUUUGAAUGAAAUGCAGCGAGAAGCAGCGAAGGACGACACGGAUAGUUUCUUAGCAGCAGCAGCAGCAACAGCAGCACAGCAGCAGCAACCUACAGCAGCAGCACUUCCUUUGACUGUGAAAGCCAACUGGAAAAUCUUAUCUCCUGAGAAUGAAGAAGGGAUAAGCAGAAACCAACUAUCUCAUGAAUCCGUACAGAUGCAUCCCCUGGUGUUUCUUGCUGCGGGACUCAGCCGCUGGCUGCGUGUACACCUGGGGCGCCUGGGGUUCACCGGUGACGGCCUGCCCCAGUCUGACAGACCCCCUGGCACCGUUGCGCGAGUUUCAGGUAUAGUGACUUUCUUCGCCUCGCUGGUGAAGCUGCUGCCGCUUGCAGCGCUGCAGCAAAGCCCAUCCGAUGAGACACAAACAGCAGCAGGAACAGCAGCAGGAACAGCAGCAGGAACAGCAGCAGCGGCAACAGCAGGGGGCGUGGUACAAGCGGUGUUAGAGCACGUCACCGAUGCGGCAUACCGGUGCUCUACACUACACACAGAGCUGGCAGCAGACUCUGUGUUGUCACAGCUGCUUGAAUCUGAUGGAAUAAACAAAGAAGAAGAAAGCAGCAGCAGGACCUCUCGUGUAGGAGAAAACAAGCAGAGCUUGUGGGCUUCUCUUGCUAGCUUGACCCCUGUUCAGCAGCUGGGGGAAGUUGCAACGGGGGGAGCUCUGCUGCUGCGGCGCUUAGAGCAGCUGCUUAGGAGCAGCGGAAAGGAAGAGGUGUAUCGGGUGCUGCUGACAACCACAAGACAAAAUGUAUCAGCUAAGCGAGUGAUGAGGAGACUGAAGGCGCAGAAAACUUUCUUAGAAAACCCCAGAGCUCAUGCACGAAGAAAGAUAAGAAGAAAUAAAGCGAAAGAAUUACAACGAAAAAUACGAAAAAGAGAAAAAAUAUUCAAAAGGAAAGGAUUCAUCAAAAGGAAAAUUAAUGCAUAA